AUGGCCGUGGCUUUGGACGCAGUGUGGGUGAGGGUGAAGAACGUCUGCAAACAGAAUGGGCUCCUCAUCAUGUCGGUGCUGGCCGUGGUCAUUGGCUGUCUUUUGGGAUUCUUCCUGAGGACCAGGCGUCUCUCAGAGCAGGAGGUGAAGUACUUUCAGUUUCCUGGAGAGCUGCUGAUGAGGAUGCUGAAGAUGUUGAUUCUCCCGCUCGUUGUGUCCAGUUUGAUGUCAGGACUGGCGGCCCUCGAUGCCAAGUGUUCCAGUCGGCUGGGUCUGAUCACGGUGUCUUAUUACCUGUGGACCACCUUUGUGGCCGUGGUCGUGGGGAUCAUCAUGGUCUCCAUCAUCCAUCCAGGAGGUGCAGCCCAGAAAGAGGACUCCGAGGACAGCGGCAAAACUGUCAUGAGUUCUGCUGAUGCUCUGCUCGACCUCAUCCGCAACAUGUUCCCUGCGAAUCUGGUCCAGGCCACGUUUCAGCAGUAUCGAACAAGCAGUGAGUACAUUGUGAAGGCCAAGCCCACGCUGAGUCAGGCCCAAUCAGAGUCCAGUACACGGCGAGCGCUCAUCUACGGUAUCCAGGAUGAUAAUGGGACUGAUAUCCAGAACUUCGCCCUUGACCUAACCCCUCCUCCAGAUGUGCUCAUUCGCACUCGGGAAGGAACGAGUGAUGGGAUGAAUGUUCUUGGAAUUGUUAUUUUUUCAGCCACAAUGGGUAUUAUGCUGGGGAGGAUGGGGCCAAACGGCAGCGCCUUGGUGAACUUCUGCCAGAGCCUUAAUGAAGCCGUCCUCAGGAUUGUUGCUAUUGUUAUAUGGUACUUUCCUUUCGGCAUUGUGUUCCUGGUUGCCGGUAAGAUCCUGGAGAUGAGCGAUCCUUCUGCCAUGGGGAAAAAGCUGGGAUUUUAUGCAGUCACUGUGGUGUUUGGACUGGUUUUGCACGGUUUGUUCAUCCUGCCAGCCAUGUACUUCUUCAUCACCAAAAAGAGUCCCAUCGUUUACAUACGGGGAAUCCUGCAAGCCCUGCUCAUCGCCCUGGCAACCUCUUCCAGCUCCGCCACGUUGCCUAUAACCUUCAAGUGCCUCCUAGAGAACAACCACAUUGACCGCCGCAUCAUCCGUUUCGUGCUCCCUGUGGGCGCUACCAUCAACAUGGACGGCACCGCUCUCUAUGAGGCCGUGGCAGCGAUAUUCAUCGCCCAAGUCAAUAAUUACGAGCUGGACUUUGGCCAGAUCAUCACCAUCAGUAUCACAGCCACUGCAGCCAGUAUAGGCGCAGCAGGCAUCCCACAGGCCGGACUGGUCACCAUGGUGAUUGUGCUAACGUCUGUCGGGUUGCCAACUGAUGACAUCACUCUCAUCAUUGCAGUAGACUGGGCAUUAGACAGGUUCCGCACCAUGGUGAACGUGAUGGGCGAUGCUUUGGCAACAGGUAUCAUGGCUCACAUCUGCAGGAAAGACUUCAUGAAGGAGGGAGAUGGGGUUCCUCUGAUCUGUGAGCCCAAACCGGUCAUGAACUCCCCACCUCUGAUGAACUGUCACAACAACAACGGCAACUACCGACCCCCGUCUUCAGGGGUCAAACAGGACCUCAUCCCCUCGGACGUGGCACGGCUGAUGCAGCUGGAGGAAGGCGUGCGGCCGCAGACGGAGAGGAGGAAGCCUCCGAUUCCCCCGAGGCACCUUAAGAAGAGCAAAGAACAAUGCACCAUUGACAUGAAUGGCCUUGAGACCAACGUAUAGCCCCCGUCAAGAGUUUAACGGAUCCUGGAAAGCUGGCAGGACAGCAUGGUCAUCUUUGAUUGUCAGCUUAUUACAGUAUGAAAAGUCAAAGAUGGGCCCUCAAACCUGACUGGAAAGCCUCCAAAAUGGGAAGAUUUUUGUUUUUUUUGUCUUUUUAAACUCAAGGACUUGACAAGUGACAAGUUGAUAAUGGAAUUUAGGAUACUUAAAGGACAAAAGACGAUUUAUCUUCCAACAAAGUCGUCCUUGGUUUG